UGAUAGUGCUGUCAAAUUUGCUUUGGAGAAGUAGCCAAAUCUGAAGAUGGAAAUUGCAGAAAUAGAAUACAAUUUUUAUUAUAUUUUUAACAUCUUAAAAUUAUUAUUCAUACUUUAAUUUAAUACAUACAUUUGACAAUCCAUUUAAAAAUUGGAGAAACUAGCUGGAAUAUAGCUGAAUCAGCAACUCUAAUCGAAUAUAAUGUUUGAAUAAGUUGCGAAAUUUCGCGGUUUUUGCUUUUAAUAUUUUAUUUAAUGGGUGUUAAGGAAUUAUGGGGAAUCCUAACGCCCCAUUGUGAGCGUAAGCCUAUAAAUGAAUUGCGGGGGAAGAAAGUGGCCAUUGAUUUGGCAGGAUGGGUUUGCGAAUCCCUAAAUGUUGUGGACUACUUUGUGCAUCCAAGGCAUCAUUUAAAAAACCUGUUCUUUCGCACUUGUUAUCUUAUAUGGGAGCAGGUCACUCCGGUUUUCGUUUUGGAAGGAGUGGCACCAAAACUCAAGAGCCAAGUGAUAGCCAAAAGGAAUGAACUUCAGUUUCGAGGAGUUAAACCCAAGAAUUCUCCUGAAUGCACUCAAAAUCAACCUCCAAAAGGUGAGAAAGGACGCAGCAGGUUUAACCAUGUCCUCAAACAAUGCGAAACGCUGCUCCUCUCUAUGGGAAUCCAGUGCGUCCAAGGUCCUGGCGAGGCGGAGGCCUAUUGUGCUUUCCUUAACAAGCAUGGCUUAGUUGAUGGCGUCAUUAGCCAGGAUUCGGAUUGCUUUGCAUAUGGAGCAGUACGAGUUUAUCGUAACUUCUCAGUUUCCACCCAAGGAGCUCAGGCUGCUGCUGGUGGAGCUGUGGACAUAUACGACAUGCGGGAGAUCACUACCCGAAUGGAUUUUGGUCAAAACAAGAUCAUUGUGAUGGCUUUGCUCUGUGGAUGUGAUUAUUGUCCAGAUGGCAUAGGUGGAAUUGGGAAGGAUGGCGUUCUGAAGCUUUUUAAUAAAUACAAGGAGACUGAGAUUCUGAACAAGUUGAGAAACUGGCGUGGGGAAACCAAUAAAUACAAUGCCCUAGAGAUUCGAGUGGAUGACAAAUCCAUUUGCAGCAAUUGUGGACAUAUUGGCAAGACAAUGAGCCACACGAAAAGUGGCUGCAGUGUUUGCCGAACCCACAAAGGCUGCGAUGAAAGCCUUUGGAAAGAACAACGAUUAUCCAUUAAAGCGGAGUUGACUUUGCGAAAGAAAGCAUUAAUAUCCCCGGAUUUUCCCAACGAAGAGAUCAUUUCCGAGUUUCUCAGUGAACCUAGCAGCAUUCCAAAUUUAAAUCUAAACUGGCGGCAACCAAAUCUUGUUAAAUUCAUCAAGCAAAUAGGACAUCUCUUGCAAUGGCCGGAAAUAUACUGCUUCCAGAAGUUCUUUCCCAUACUCACACGCUGGCAGGUCCAACAAUCACAACAGGAGAAAGUUCUUAUCCAACCUCUUGAGAUCAUCAAAAAGCGAACUGUUAAAGGAGUGGCGAGCUUGGAAUUGCGCUGGCACGAUCCCAGCGGCUGUUUCAAGGGCCUUAUUCCUGACAAACAGAUUUCCGAGUUCGAAGUAGAGCAUCCCAAAGGAAUCGAAGAACUGUAUUACACCAUUGAGCCUUUGAACAUGCUAGAGACAGCGUAUCCCGAUUUGGUUGCUGCCUUUUUGAAGUCCAAAGAAAAACCUUCAAAAAAAACCAGUCGAAAAAAGGUUACUGCUCUAGAAGGAGAGGACAAGGAAAAUGAAACGAAAUCAAAGCCGAAAAGGGUGGUUAGAAAGAAAAAGGCUCAACCUGAAGAGAAUCAGCCUUCAUUGCAACAAUUCCUGGGCCUUAAUAAAAAGACUACUCCUGUUAAGGUUGCUGCUCCACAGCUCCAACAAUGCUCAACUCCCAUUACCAAGUGUGUGCCUUCAGAUCUUGAAAGCGACUGUGAGUUUGACAUGUCUGAUAUCGUCAAGGGUAUCAUAUCGAAUCCGAAUGCUAAACCAGCAUUGACGACUCACGAGGGUCACCAACUUCAUUACGAACCCGUGGCUGAAGAUUUAAGUUUACGCCUCGCGCAGAUGAGUCUUGGAAAUGAAGACGAAACUGCGGAGUCUGAAGUGGAUAAGAAAAGGGAACUCUCACAGAUCGAGCAAUUGCCGCAGAGUAAACGAUUCUCACUGGACGACAGUUUUGAUCUACUGGUAAAGGGAGAUCUAAGGAUGUUAGCUAGGACGCCGGUGGAGCGGUUCAAGAUUCAGCAUCGUCUCAGCCAGAAAAUUCCAACGCCAGUCAAGCCCUUAGCUAACAUAAGCUACUUUUUUGAUCAAAGUUUCGAAAAUGCGGAUGCCUUUGAAGAGUUGAUGAACUCGAGCCUAUUGCCUCGGGAUCAGGAAGAAAAUGAAGAAGAGGAUGAUGAUGAUGAUGAUGAUCUGGUAGUGAUAAGUGAUUAAACAUUUAGUU